AUGGACUCCCAAACCUUCAGCAGUCUGCCUGGAGAUCUCCAUCUGGAGAUUGGAAAGUUCCUGAAAUCAUCCGAAAUGGAGGGUUUGAUCGCCUCCUCCAAGAGCAUGCGUAGAAUAUACGCACCAUCAUACUUCCACACCGUGGCGUUCCGUGGUACCAGCAUGGACCUGGUCAUGGACCUGUUUGCAUUUAAAAAUGCAAACAGAAGCCGGGCAACAACCAGUCACAUUGUUGUCCCCGCCAUCAAGCACGUCACAAUCUCACAGGAGGCCGACACACCCUCCCCCGCUCCACACCUUGCGCUGGUGCUCCCGCGCCUUAUCGCCAGCUCCUUGGGUGUCAUGAGAAAUCUCCAGAGUAUCCAACUGGAUCUCUGGUGGUUCUCGGACGCCCAGCAAAAGGAGCUGCGUGAUAGGUGCGCAGGCCUGCCUGUCUGGAUUGGCCUACGGUCAAUCCAGAUGGAGGACGAAGCCGACACCGAGCUUCUGGCUGUCCUGGUCAGCAAGACUCGUCCGGAGUCCUUCAGCGGACUGCAGUUCGGGGGCCAGCUCGAACUGCAGGCCGCCAGGCAGUGUACACCUUUCCUUCGACGACUGGUGGUGCCGUUCCGACUCCCGGCUACAGCAGAUGUUGGUGGGCGGGCGGGCAUAGUGUCGAACAAGACAAGCUUGUUGAUGCAAUUCGGGCGCCUGGAGUGGUUGGUCCUGGCACCAAUCCAGGUGAAGCCAGGUGUUGUUGCUGCGAUCCGCGAGGAUCCCAAGAUAUUUCUCAACGUUCUCCUCAAGGAGAUUUCGAGGCUACCAUACCUCACACGACUGGGGUUGAAGUUCCCGAGGUCAAUUCUCGUGGCUCGUCAACCUGGGGUCCCGGGGACUGGUACGGGUCUGUCCGCUGUUGGACAUUAUGUUCGGCAGUGGAGCAAGCAGAUCUUCGCCAAGAUCCCUGCCCUACAGCAGGUGGCUUUCAUUCACGGGGCCGUUGUGUUGAGGGCAGUAAGGGGGGCGGAUGCCACCAUUCGUGUCUCUAUUGAGCGCGAUUUGGACCGGCAUGCGUUUCCCUUUGGGACUCUUUACUGA